AUGGCGGACGAGGCCACGCGCAAGGCCGUGUCGCGGAAGACGCCGGCGGGGCCGCGGGACCGCGCGCUGUGGCCACAGCGCCUGAAGGAAGAGUAUCAGGCGCUGAUCAGGUCCGUGGAGCAGAACAAGGCGGCCGACAACGACUGGUUUCGCCUCGAGUCCAAUGCAGACGGCACGCGCUGGACCGGCACGUGCUGGUUUAUCCACGAGCUGCUGCGCUAUGAGUUCCGGUUGGAGUUCGAGCUCCCGGUGACCUAUCCGGACACUGCGCCCGAGGUGGCGGUCCCGGAGCUGGACGGGAAAACCGCCAAGAUGUACCGUGGCGGGAAGAUCUGCCUGACUGAGCACUUCGCCCCACUUUGGGCCCGCAACGCGCCGCGCUUCGGCCUGGCCCACCUGAUGGCUCUGGGACUCGGACCGUGGCUCGCCGUGGAGGUUCCGGACCUGAUCAACAAGGGGCUUGUGGUCCACAAGGAGCAGCAGCGAGAGGCGGCCACGGAGUGACGUCACCUGAUGGAACAUUAAAAGACUGUUUGGCUGUAAAAAUGAUGAAAAACUGAACAGAGUCUGGUGAAGAGGACACUGGCAAAAAGAUCUCGCUGCAGAUAUUCAGAGAAAAUUAUCAUUAUUACUGUAACAGACUCAAAACUGUGUCUGUCAUGUUAGUAAAAAAUUAUAAAAAACUGAACAAAGUCUGGAGAGGAGGUCAGUUACACCGAGAUAUGACUAAAAUUGUUAUGUAAUAUAAAAAUAUUGUGCCAAGGAAAUGGGAGGUGGGACACAGGUGGGGGUAAAAGUAGAUGUAAUAAUGUAUAACAAUAAAAUAAUUUGACUUUAGUGAGGAAACAUCUGGACCAAUGAAAAUAUUCUAUAAGUUUGUUUCAGAGAGGAGUGAAGGUGUAACUGGAAAAUGAUUAAAAUGAGUUUGGUUGAGAGGUCAUUAACAUCAAAACAUGACUGGAAAUAUUCAGAGAAAACAUUGAUUGGUAACUAAUAAAACUGGCUUGUUUGAAAACGUCCAGUAAGUUUGGUUCCGAUCAGAAUAAAAAUGAUGAAAUGAGCA